GGAACAGAGGAGCCUGGUAGGCUACAGUUCAUGGGUUCACAGGAGCCGGACACGACUUAGCGACUAAACCAAACCACCACCAAGGUGAUCUAAUUCAAAUAAGCUACUUUUCACAAGUCUUUCUGUCGUUCAAUCGCUAAGUCGCAUCGCACUCUGCAACCCCAUGUAUGUAGCCCUGACUGUCCUUAACUCUCUCCCUUAGUUUGCUGAAACUCAUGUCCAUUGAGUCGGGGAUGCCGUCAGAAGUGAGCAUAAAUUAGAUCCAUUAUAGUGAAGUACAUUUUUGCCAAACUGGUAUCCCUUAAAUGCCUGUAUAUCAAAGAUAUUGAAGGAUAUGUAAAGCUUGUUAAAGUUAUGUGUGGUGCUUUUGCCUCUACUUUUUUUAGGAAACUGUAUCUCAAGAAUUAUACUAGUACUAUGCAUCCUUAGAAUUUAAGUACUUUUAGACUACAGAUAAAGAGAUAAAAGACCAAAAAAUACUCUAAUUGCUGUCAUUUAUAUAAACUGUUUUCUAUACUAAAUUUUUUCUCCGACUUUUCAUUGGGCACCAUGUUGAGACUCACAGUUAAUUCUUUAAAAUUGGGGUGUCCCAUUCAGGCAUUUUCUAAACGCCAGAAUUUAGACCUCUCCAGCUCCACUCAAUACCCAGGUGAUUGUAUUUAGUCUGUGGUAGUAUAUACACUUCUGUGGGCAGCCUACCUACUUGUUAGCUUUGCCUGAGCUUUUAACAGGUAUCUUAGACUCUCUUUAGGUUGCUCCUCCAAGGACUAAGCUGGAGCCGUGUAGAAAUGUUGUAGAUAAAAUGAUCUGAUGUCUUGGAUUUGCUUUAAUCUAUUGACAAAAGGGUUAGACAAAAGGAAUAAGGGGAAAGGUAUAGAUGAAACAGUAUUGAUAAGUUGAUAAUUAUUGAAGGUUGCUAAUUUGGCACAUAAGGGCUCCCAAUACUAUUCUUUCCACUUUUUAUUAUGUUUGGAAAUUUCUUUAUUAAAAAUUUUAAUUACCUGUACAGACAGUUUGACCUCUUCUUGCUAUCUUUGUUGCUACCACCAUGGCCCAUUGGAGUACAGUUACCCUUGAACAACACAGCUUUGAACUCUGAGGGUCCAUUGAGAUACUUUUUUUUUUUUUUUUCAAUAAAUAUAUAUACAGUACUGAGUGGUUUGCAGUUGGUUGAAUCCAUGGAUUUGGAAUCACAACUACACCUUACCAACUCCUGUGUUGGUCAAGGAUCAACUGUAUUUCAGUGACCUCCUAGCCAGUCUCCCUGUUUUCACUGUUUUCUCCUGGAAUGUACUAUUAACACAGCAUCCAGAGUGAUCCUGUUUAAAAAAAUAAUAACAUCAUGUCAGACCUCCACUGAAAAUUUUCCAAUGGCUUCUCAUCUCACUCCCAAUAGAAACCUAAAUCCUUUCUAAUGAUUUUUAAGUCCUAAGGAUUCAGACGGCCUCAAUUCUACUACACACCCUCUCAUGCUGCUGCCGCCUCCAUGCCUCAACAAUGCUAGGCACUCCCACUUUAAGGCUUUUACGCUAGCUGUUCCAGCUGCCCAGAACACUUCCCUGAUACCUGCCUGGCGUCUUCUCUCCUCUCCUUCGUUUCUAUAUUCAGGGGUCUUGUUCUCUCUGAAGAAUUGCCUGGCCACUCUGUUUAAAAUUAUAGCAUCCUAUCCGCACUGCACUUCUUACCCUCUUUCCUAACUUUGUUCGUUGGCAUCUAUUUCACUUGCCUUAUCUAUCGUCUGUCAUCCCUGCUCCCCACCCCCAGAAUUUAAGCUGCAUGAAGGCAAGGAUUUCCAUCAACUUUUUUCACUGAUACAUCUUCAGCAAACCUGGUGCAUGACCAGUACUUGGUGUGAACAUCGCAAAUGUCGUCCAGUGAUAGAAGAUCCAGGAAUCGGAACAGACACUAUGAUGAGGUCCCAAGGGACUCAGACUAUCCAGAUGGCACUGUGAGAACCUUCCAGACUCUUCGAGACAGUGAGCUGGCCGUGAGCGCUGAUCCACUGCCACCACCCCCUCUCCCAUUACAGCCGCCCUUCGGCCCAGAAUUCUACUCAAGUGACACAGAGGAACCGGCCAUAGCGCCGGAUCUCAAGCCUGUAAGACGCUUUGUCCCUGAGUCCUGGAAGAACUUCUUCAGAGGGAAGAAAAAGGACCCGGAGUGGGAUAAGCCGGUGUCGGACAUCAGAUACAUCUCCGAUGGAGUGGAGUGUUCACCUCCAGCCUCGCCCACAAGAUCAAACCAUCGUUCACCCCCCAACUCCUGCAAAGAUCCUCACGGUGGGUCCGAAGGCAGCUGGCGUUCCCAGAAAGAGACUGAGGCCAUGUUUCCUCAUGAUCCCUAUGGAUCCCUAGGCCAACACACACACACAGCUCGAACCUACAGCGAGAAGGUAGAGGAGUAUCACCUUCGGUAUUCCUACAUGAAGUCGUGGGCAGGCCUGCUGCGGAUCCUGGGGGUGGCCGAGCUGCUGCUGGGGGCCGGCGUUUUCGCCUGUGUCACGGCGUACAUUCACAAGGACAGCGAGUGGUAUAACAUGUUUGGAUACUCACAGCCCUACGGCAUAGGAGGCGUGGGUGGCCUGGGCAGUACCUACGGGGGCUAUUACUACAGUGGCCCCAAAACCGCUUUUGUCCUUGUGGUUGCUGGCUUGGCCUGGGUGACCACCAUCAUCAUCCUGGUGCUUGGCAUGUCCAUGUAUUAUCGGACUAUUCUUUUGGACUCAAAUUGGUGGCCUCUCACUGAAUUUGGAAUCAAUGUCUCCUUGUUUAUUUUGUACAUGGCCGCAGCCAUAGUCUAUGUGAACGAUACCAACCGAGGGGGACUCUGCUACUAUCCGCUAUUUAACACGCCAGUGAACGCAGGAUUCUGCCGGGUGGAAGGAGGACAGAUAGCAGCCAUGAUCUUCCUCUUUGUCACCAUGAUUGUCUAUCUCAUUGGUGCUUUGGUUUGCCUAAAGUUGUGGAGGCACGAGGCGGCUCGGAGACACAGGGAAUACAUGGAGCAACAGGAGAUAAGUGAGCCAUCAUUGCCAUCGAAAAGGAAAAUGUGUGACAUGGCCACCAGUUGUGAGAGACAGAGAGACCAAGAAGUUAAUUUUAAAGAACUAAGAGCAACAAAAAUGAAACCUGAACUUCUGAGUGGACACAUUCCCCCGGGCCACAUCCCCAAACCGAUCGUGAUGCCAGACUACGUGGCGAAAUACCCUAUGAUUCAGACAGGUGAUGAGCGAGAACGCUAUAAAGCUGUGUUCCAGGACCAGUUUGCAGAGUACAAAGAGCUCUCCGCAGAAGUUCAGGCUGUCCUGAGAAAGUUUGACGAGCUGGAUGCCGUGAUGAGCAGAUUGCCGCAUCAUUCAGAAAACCAGCAGGAACACGAGAGAAUUUCAAGAAUCCACCAAGAGUUUAAGAAAAAAAAGAAUGACCCUACAUUUCUAGAAAAAAAAGAACGCUGUGAUUAUCUGAAGAAUAAACUUUCUCACAUAAAGCAAAGGAUUCAAGAAUAUGAUAAAGUAAUGAAUUGGGAUGUACAGGAUUAUUCUUAAAACUUCUUUGAAAUCAACUUUUUUAUAUCAUGCUUAAUAUUUGUUUACUAUCUUUUUUUAUGCUGGUGUCUGUGAUAGAGAAGCAAGUGCCUCAUGAAUAGGCUUCUGGUUCGUUUAGCUGGUGUGUCACAUUAAGACAGUUUGUGAUUGCAUUUCAGGCAUUUCAGAACAAUUUCAAGGGCUUUUACUGAGAGUGGAAGAAGUUCUCCUUGUGGUGUGAUGAUCAAGUGAAGUUAUCAGUCCUGGUGCUGCUUUUUCCUUUUUUACUUAGGCCGGUUCCCGGGACUUUUUAGGACAAACGUCUCAUACUAGCCAAAGAUGUCAGUUCCUCUCUUGAAAGGGGUUUGAAUCCGAGAUCAACAUUUUCAAGCCUUAUGAACGUAUGCGAGUUGCUUAAUCUGCCUGUGUCCGUUUCCUCGUCUGUACAAUGGGGCAAAUUAUAGUACCUACCUCACAGGGUUGUUAUGAGGAUUAAAUGAGUUAAUGUUUGUAAGCACUUAGGGCACUCUGUAAGCACUGCACUAGAGUUUGUGAAAUACAGACCUGUUUGUGGAGUGAAUAAUCUACCUAGAACAAGUCUCAAAGAAAGGACCUUAAUGAGCAAGUCCAGCCAGCUAACCCAAGGCCAUGGCCUGUAAAUAACUCUUACAAACGUUGCCUUAAAUAGAUGCUUCCCUGUGGCUCUGUGCCCACUGGGGUCCAAUGCAACCUUCUUAUCUUUCUUUAAUCAACAUCACUGUGUACACACCUUCAUGUUCCCACAGCCCAGCCAUUCCUCUAAACCUCAAAUAGAAAGACCGAGCGUUUACUGUUUCUUUUUCUUUUUUUUUUUUUUUUAUUACUGUUUCUUUUUCUGGCCUGUUUAGACAUCCAUCCUAAGGCCCUGUGAUGUUACAUCUUACUUAGAAUCUCCCUUCGCUUUAUUGGAAUGCUUCAUUAUCCCAAGAAUUAGCUUGACUUUAAGGCUUUAUUCAUGAGAAAUGUUUUAUUUUUGUUAAUGUGAACAAGAGACUGCCUUAAAAAUGUUUUUUAAAAAAUCAUUGUUAUUGGAUCCUAUUCAGCACCAUCUAUCUUGUAGAUUAUUUCCCAGGUGUAGAAGUACAAGUGAAAUUGUUAGUUACUCAGUCGUGUCCGACUCUUUGAGACCCCAUGGACCGUAGCCCCCCAGGCUCCUCUGUCCAUGGAAUUCUCCAGGCAAGAAUACUGGAAUGGGUUGCCAUUUCCUUCUCCUGGUGAGAAGGAAGUAAGGAAGUAGUAGGAAGGAAGUAAGAAGUAGUAAGACAUAAAACCAAUGCUUUGGAAAAAUAAAAUUAAGGAGAAGCAAAAAUGUUUAGAAAAAAGGAGAUCAGGUGGGAGAAUGCAGCAAAUCAGAAAUACAGUUUUGGCUUCAUAUAGCUGCCAUUCAAAUAAUUAACACUCGAGGAAUUUUCUAAGGUGAUAAAACCAAAGAAAAACAUGUGGAAAAGCAAAGGUUUACAAAGUGUCGGUUCCCAAAUAAGUUUUCUAGUUCUUCUUUGUCAGUGAAAUCUCGUUCAGUGUAUAUUGUUAAUAUUUUCAGUCGUCGGUUCUCAGACAAUGCUUAGGGUGCUACGAGUUUUAAGAGGUGAUACUGAGGGAAGUGUGAGGCCCCCUUGGAAACCCUCCUCAUGAACUAGAACAGCUUUACUUUCUGUUUUAUAUACUGGGGUCCCAUGUUAACAUUUCACUUAAGAAAAACACCGAUGCUUAAAAAAAAUCAGUUAGAUUAAUACUGAAAUGACGUGUCAAGGAAAUUUAACUUUGUGAAACUAUAUUUUACUAUAAUUGUAAAUGUUAAUCUUUGAAAACCCAUGUUAUAAUGUUGAUUUUUGCAGUUUUUAUGUAAAUACGUAGGUUUAUUAAAAUUUCAGUUACCUGUU